AUGAAUCCAGUUAACAAUCAGCCGUACCACCUUCCAGUCGGCGCUAUCUGGUUGAUUACCGGAUGCUCGAGCGGCAUUGGUCGUGAGAUUGCCCAGUUUGUCGCAACCAAGCCAAACCAGCGUCUCAUUGCGACCGCGCGGGAUCCAUCUAGUCUUUCAUACCUUCCUGACAAUGACCCCAACAUCCUCAAGCUUCCGUUAGAUGUCACCUCUACUGCCUCGGUCAGCAAUGCCUUCAAGGCGGCAGCUGCACACUUUGGAGAGACCUAUCACAUCGACGUUGUUGUCAACAACGCCGGAUAUUCCCUCUCGGGGGAUACCGAAUCUGCAACUGACGAGGAAGCGCAUCAGGAGAUCGAAACCCUGUUUUUCGGUACGGCGCGUGUUACUAUGCAGGCCGUCAAGGUUAUGCGCCAGGAGAAGGAUCAUCGUGGUGGCUUGAUUUUUAACAUCUCCUCUUUGGCCGGAGUAUGUGCCUUCCCUGGCCAUGCGUACUAUCACGCGGGCAAAUUCGCCAUAGAAGGCUGGACGGAGUCUGUUGCCCGAGAAAUGCAUCCGGAUUGGAACAUCAACUUCUGCAUUGUCGAGCCAAGCGGCGUCAAGACUCAAUUUGAACAUGGCAGCAAGAAAUACAUGGAACCUCAUGAAGCCUAUGCAGCUGAUGACAUGCCGGCUCGAAAGUUGGAGGCUUGGGUUGGAAAAGGUCUCAAGUCUGGUGCUGGCAUCGAACCGGUUGCUAUCGCCGAAGCUCUGUUCAACGUUGCCAGUCGAGACGAAAAAGUUCCGCUUCACCUGCCUCUUGGUUCCACUGCUUACAAGCUGAUUAAGUCCAAGUUGGAGAAACGGCUUGAGGAUUUAGAGACUUUCAAAGAGCUGGGUGCCAUAGGUUAG